CCUCUUAACUGCCUCGUGUUCUCUUCUAUAGUCUGUCCGCUGCCCAAAUUUCUUCUCUUUGCCCUUCGCCGAAGCAAUUGCUAAAACAUGAAGUGAAGAUAUAAUUGGAGACAUGUCGAAGUGUGGGGUAUAUACUACAUGGAAGGAGACAAGAUUUAGAGUCGUGGAUUGCUGAUAAUUCGUAUUGUUGGGGUGUGUUCAAUCAUUUUCCUCGUGAUUUUGGAAGCGCAGGGGGCGUCGAGGAAAUGUCUAGUUUUGUGGGAGUUCUUGUGUCCGAUCAACGGCUUCAGAGCCAGUUUACGCAAGUCGAACUUCAGAGCCUCAAAUCCAAAUUCAUAUCCAUAAAGAACCAGAAUGGCAAAGUUACAGUUAGGGAUUUACCACCUUUGAUGGCGAAACUAAAGGCUUUCCGUGACAAGCUCGACGAGGAGGAGAUCAGAAGCGUAUUGGGAGAAUCAAAUUCUGAUUUUACCAAUGAGAUUGAUUUUGAAAGCUUCCUCAAGAUUUAUUUAGAUUUACAAAGUCGAUCUACUGCUAAAGUGGGGAAUUCAAAACACUCGUCAUCAUUUCUCAAGGCCACCACAACCACCCUUCUUCACACUAUCAAUGACUCCGAGAAGGCUUCAUAUGUUGCUCAUAUCAACAGCUACCUGAGAGAUGACCCCUUUUUGAAGCAGUUCCUUCCAAUCGAUCCAUCUUCAAAUGCUCUUUUUGAUCUUGCAAAAGAUGGAGUACUACUUUGUAAGCUGAUCAAUGUUGCUGUACCGGGGACAAUAGAUGAGCGGGCUAUUAACACCAAACGGGUACUUAAUCCAUGGGAAAGAAAUGAGAAUCACACACUUUGCCUCAACUCUGCAAAAGCCAUUGGCUGUACAGUAGUCAACAUUGGUACUCAGGACUUGGUUGAAGGAAGACCUCAUUUGCUACUCGGGUUAAUUUCUCAAAUUAUAAAGAUUCAACUACUGGCGGAUCUCAACCUUAGAAAGACACCCCAGCUGGUAGAACUGGUGGAAGACAACAAUGAUGUUGAGGAACUUAUGGGACUAGCUCCCGAAAAGGUCUUGCUGAAAUGGAUGAAUUUCCAUCUCAAGAAAGCAGGCUACAAGAAAAAUGUAACAAAUUUUUCUUCGGACGUGAAGGAUGGAGAGGCUUAUGCCUACCUGCUUAAUGUACUUGCGCCAGAGCACUGCAGCCCUGCCACCUUAGAUGCCAAAGAUACCAUUGAAAGGGCUAAUUUGGUUCUUGAUCAUGCUGAGCGAAUGGACUGCAAAAGAUAUCUAUCCCCAAAGGAUAUAGUUGAAGGCUCGGCCAAUUUAAAUCUUGCAUUUGUUGCGCAGAUAUUUCACCAGAGGAAUGGUUUGUCUACAGACAACAAAAAAAUCUCUUUUGCAGAGAUGAUGACGGAUGAUGAACUAAUAUCUAGAGAAGAGAGAUGCUUUCGCCUAUGGAUCAACAGUCUCGGAAUUGCUUCUUAUGUCAAUAACUUGUUUGAGGAUGUUAAGAAUGGGUGGAUUCUUCUGGAAGUGCUGGAUAAAGUUUAUCCAGGAUCUGUUAACUGGAAGCAGGCAACCAAACCUCCUAUAAGAAUGCCAUUCAGAAAAGUAGAGAAUUGCAACCAAGUGGUUGGAAUAGGGAAGCAGUUGAAGCUUUCCCUUGUCAACGUAGCUGGGAAUGAUUUUGUACAAGGAAAUAAGAAACUCAUACUUGCUUUCCUUUGGCAGCUGAUGAGGUUCAAUAUGCUUCAACUCCUGAAGAACUUGAGGUCCCGUUCCCAAGGAAAGGAGUUUUCUGAUGCUGACAUACUGACAUGGGCUAACAAAAAAGUGAAGAAUUCAGGCAGAACAUCUCAAAUGGAAAGCUUUAAGGACAAGAGCCUUUCAAGUGGAUUAUUCUUUCUUGAGCUUCUCAGUGCAGUUGAGCCACGAGUUGUCAACUGGAACCUCGUUACCAAGGGUGAAAGUGACGAGGAGAAGAAGCUAAAUGCUACUUAUAUAAUCAGCGUUGCCAGGAAGCUUGGCUGUUCCAUCUUCUUGUUGCCUGAAGAUAUCAUGGAGGUAAACCAAAAGAUGAUCCUUACUCUUACGGCAAGUAUAAUGUAUUGGAGUCUUCAGCAACCUGUGGACGAGCAGUCAUCCCCAUCACCUACUGCUUCUAGUCGCAGCGCAUCACCUGAACCUUCGAUCGAUGCCACUCUGUCCCCUGCUGCAACUGCCAUUUCUGAUGGAUCGUCUUCACCUUCAAUUAGCGGUGCUCCAUCCCUGGAUUUUGCCUCCAUUCCUGGUUCAUCCCCCGUGCUUCCACUUAAUGGUUAUUUGGCCCAUGAUGGAACUGCUCCUCCCAAGGAAUCGCCAUCACUAUUAUUGAGUGGAGAAGAUGAUAGCUGCAUUGCGGCUGAAGUAUCAAAUAUUACCAUUGAUCACGUAGACUUUGAUACUACAACCUCCGCUCCACUAGUGGACAAUGCAGCCUCUGAUACUGCUAUAUCUACCCGACAAGUAGAAAAAGAGGAUACAGAAUCUUGAAGUGAGCUAUAGUUUCAAGAGUAUUUUACAGAAGGUAAGAGGAGCAAAUGCAUACAAUGGGAAUGUGUUUUUCAGGUCGGUUUGCUGGAACUUUAAGCCCGUCUUUGUCAAGUUAUACGUACAGAGAUAUGCUUUUUGAGAUUAAAAAAAAAAAAGAAGAAAAAAAAAAUGAAGGUUUUUUGACUUCCAAGAAAGUAUGUUUUUUUAUGGGUUUUUGUUCUUUCUUUGUCUCUCUUCAUUUUUCACUCCUCACUCUGCAUUUUUUCUAUUUUUUGCAAGUAAAUUUGUAAUUUUAGAUAAAUGAGAUGUUAAUAAAAAUAUGUAAUAAAAGAAAUCACAAGUGUAAGAUCUAGUGAAAUUUGUCAGUAUAUAGCAGUUUUGUGGCAGAAUUUACCGUGUAAUGAACAUACAUAUCAGUCAGUUUCUUGCUUGCAUUGAGCUUGUAUUCUGAUUUUAA